UACCCCCCCCCAACUCCAUAAUUUAUGUACAACAAAAGGUCGUCCCUAUUUAGAAACAAAACAUAAAAUGGCUGCUUUCAAUCUCAAUACUCCUUUCUUUAACCACCGAAAAGUUUUGAGUUCCAUUAAAAUCGGCACUGCUCCCGUUGUUUCCCUGCCAAUGCUCCCUCAAACACUGCCUGAUUCCACCGCUUUCACCAUAAACAAUACUCUGUCAACACGUAAACCCGUUGAUAAGAAAGAUAUUGUUAAUAAUACUGGAGGGAAAUUUGGCAAGUUUGGGGGAAAGUAUGUGCCUGAGACACUCAUUACUUCUUUAGCCAGACUUGAAGCGGAGUUCAACUUGGUUUUGCAUGAUUCCGAGUUUCAGGAGGAGCUCACAACAGCAUUAAGGGACUACGUCGGGAGAGAGACACCUUUAUACUUUGCUCAGCGGUUGACAAAUCACUACAAGAACAGUGAAGGAGAAGGACCAGAGAUUUAUCUAAAGAGAGAGGAUCUCAACCAUGGGGGUGCUCACAAAAUAAACAACGCCAUAGCGCAGGCAAUGAUUGCCAAGCGGAUGGGCCGGAAAAGCAUAGUGGCUGCCACAGGAGCUGGGCAGCAUGGAGUUGCAACAGCAGCGGCAUGUGCAAAACUUUCUUUGGACUGCACUAUCUUCAUGGGAGCCACAGAUAUGGAAAAACAGGCUUCUAAUGUCUUAUUGAUGAAGCAUCUUGGAGCUGAGGUAGAAGCUGUUGAUGGAACAUUCAAAGAUGCGAGCUCGGAAGCCAUAAGGGCGUGGGUGGGGAACUUGGAAACAAGAUAUUAUCUAGCCGGAACGGCAGUAGGGCCUCACCCAUGUCCCAGCAUGGUACGUGAAUUUCAAUCUAUCAUUGGAAAGGAAACCAGAAAACAGGGGAUGGAGAAAUGGGGUGGAAGACCAGAUAUACUGGUGGCUUGCAUAGGGAGUGGAUCCAAUGCUUUAGGCUUGUUCCAUGAAUUCAUAAAGGAUGAAGACGUGAGGUUGAUUGGGGUGGAGGCUGCUGGGUUUGGGCUAGACAGUGGCAAACAUGCCGCCACUCUAACCAGAGGAGAUGUUGGUGUGUAUCAUGGAGCAAUGAGUUAUCUGUUGCAAGAUGAGGAAGGACAAAUUUUGGGUCCACAUUCUAUUGGUGUAGGGCUAGAGUAUCCCGGGGUUGGACCGGAGGUGAGCUUUUUAAAAGAAACAGGUCGGGCAGAGUUUCAUACUGCAACCGACGAAGAAGCUGUUGCAGCAUAUCUACGGCUAUGCCACUUGGAAGGCAUUUUUCCAGCGUUGGAGGCCUCUCACGCAUUGGCUUUCCUGGAGAAACUAUGUCCUACUCUACCCAAUGGCACCAAGGUUGUGGUGAAUAUCAGCGGUCGUGGAGAUAAAGAUGCUGCCAUUGUAUUCCAAUACCAACUAGAUCGAUUGAGUGACUGAUAUCAGUACCAAGGUUGGGUGUACGAAUGCACCCAAGAUUCUUAGCUAGGCUUUAAGACAAAAUAUCUAUGGCGUUAUUCGUUAAAAGAUCAACCAUCUAUCACUAAUUUUGUCAACCAUAAAUAUAAGUGUUGAUAAAAUAAAACAUUGUAUAAUAUUCUUUUAGACAUUCUUUAAGAUAUCUUACGUUUGAUCUUCCCUCUCUUUACUUCCUCCUUCUGUACAUGAAUUGUCUUAAUGUGAUAUGAUUGAUUAAUGAUUGAGGAUUGAGGAUACAUGAUUUUUAAACAUUAAAAAUACAUUAUUUUGAUAAA